AUGGCUGCCGCUACGAUUGAAUUGCCAUUCUUAUCGUCACAUUACGCCAUCGCAGAGUCGACUCUGAGCACUCUUACCGAAGCUCCCACGGUCGAACUCGUCAACCAACUGUUGGAAGCGAUCACCAAAAAGGCGCGGGAAUUCGAUGAACUGAAAUCUGAUAAGCUUCGACUUGAGGUCGAGCUUGAAAAUGCAGUUCGCAGCAGCGACACAAAGAUCAAGGUGUUGAAGAGCUCCGUCGAAAAGGGCCACGCGGAGGUCGAAGAAACACGAAAGAAACUUCACGAGUCAGAAAACACGCGGUCUUCGCUAGAGUCCGAAAUCGCGACGCUGAAGUCAUCGUCCACGUCCAACGAAUCCGAAGCCAGCACUCUUAAGUCUCGCAUCACCUCCCUCGAAGCUUCAAACCGUGACACACUAGCGCUACUCGAAUCCAAAUCAGGGGCAUACGACAAGCUCGCAGAAGAGCUCUCUACACACCAUAAGAAGACGAUCGAAUUACGACGCGAGCUCUCGACUGCAGAGCAGAACCUACAAGCCGCAAACUCCGCUUCCGCCAGUGCCCGAUUCCGUGAACAAAGCCUCCAGCAGGAUUUGGAGCUGACGAAGAAGAAUAACGAGUGGUACGAGGCGGAGCUCAAAACAAAAUCUUCCGAACACCUCAAAUUCCGCAAGGAAAAGAGUGCUCGGAUUUCAGAGCUUCAGCGUGAAAACGAAGAGGCUAUUGCAAACACAGAAGCUUUGAGACGCAGUGAAAAUGCUCUCAAGAGCCGACUGGACGAAGUGGAACAGCGCUACGAGGAAUCGCUUGUUAGCAUUCAACAGCUCAAGGAGGAGGCCAUCAAAACAGCCGAGUCAUUUAGAAUUGAGUUGGAUAGCGCGAACCGGCUGGCGGAACUCCAAGGCAACGCCGCAGAGACUGCUAAGAAGCGGGUAUCGGAAUGCCAGCUGACUUUGGAAAAGGUGAGAGACGACGCGGCGGAGGAGAUCUCACGUCUGCGUGUCGAGAUCGAGACCGAGCACGGCGAUAAGGAGGCGGCUGAGCGUCGUGUUGCCGAGCUUGAACUCGCUGUCAAUCAACUCGAAACAGAGGGAGUAGCUGGACGCAGGUCUAUGAGCCCAGCUCGCGGUUUGAAUGGUGCCCCGGGCACUCCAGUCCGCUCCAGCACCCCGCUUGGCACAUUUUCUCCCAGAGCAUCGCGUACCAAGGGCGGACUUACCCUUACGCAAAUGUAUUCGGAGUAUGACAAGAUGCGGACAAUGCUUGUUGCUGAGCAGAAGACCAACCAGGAACUUAGAUCUACAUUAGAUGAAAUGGUUCAGGAUCUUGAAGCCAGCAAACCCGAAAUUGAUGAGUUGCGUGAAGACCACGCACGGCUUGAGAAUGCAGUCGUUGAGAUGUCUAAUAUCCUCGAUACGGCUGGAAAAGAACGAGACGAUGCCACGAAAGAGGGCAGGAAAUGGCAGGGCCAGGUGGAGGGAUUCGCACGCGAGGGUGACAUUCUGCGCCAACAGCUAAGAGACCUGAGCUCUCAAGUUAAGGUUCUUGUGCUGGAGGUUACUCUCCUGAGGGAGGGCGAAGCAAACUAUGAUAGAGAAGAACUCGAGAGGGUCGCUCGCAAGGAAAUCGAAGACUCUUCGGCCGAGCUUACCCCGACAGGUCGUUUCAUCAGCCAGAACCUAACGACAUUCAAAGAUAUGCACGAGCUUCAGGAGCAGAAUGUUACGCUUCGUCGCAUGCUGAGAGAGCUCGGGGAUAAGAUGGAAGGCGCAGAGGCACGUGAAAAGGAUGCUACGCGACAGCAGGAGCACGAGGAGUUGAAGGAGCUGCGAAUCCGAGUGCAAACGUACCGCGACGAAAUCGCAAACCUCAUUGCUCAGACUAAGAGCUAUGUCAAGGAACGCGAUACCUUCCGCAGCAUGCUGACACGCCGGCGACAAACAGUCGGCGGCGAUGCUGUUUUCUCACAGUCUCUUCCUCCAGGCGCUGCACCCCCAGCCGCCGAAGAAGUGAAGGGCGGCCCUGACUAUGCCGAGUUGCUGCGCAAGGUUCAAGCGCACUUUGACAGUUUCAGGGAAGAGACAGCGACGGACCACUCAGCUUUGAAACAACAAGUCAACGAGCUUGGACGCAAGAACAGCGAGUUGAUGAGUGAGACUAGCCGCUCAAGCAGUCAACUCGUCGCCGCCACGCAGCGAGCGGAGCUUCUCCAGAGCAACUUUAACAUGCUCAAGACCGAGAACGCCGAGUUACAGAAGCGCUAUGCAACGCUUUUUGAAAAUGCCAACCGACAGGACAUCAGAACGCAACAAGCUGCAGAAGAUCUUGUCGAAUCUAAGGGUCUUAUUGACAGUCUUCAGCGCGAGAGCGCAAAUCUGAAAGCAGAGAAAAACCUUUGGAAAAACAUCGAGAAACGACUUAUUGAAGACAACGAAUCGCUAAGAAAUGAGCGAAGCCGUUUGGAUGGGCUCAACGCCAACCUCCAGAAUAUUCUUAACGAGCGUGAACAUUCAGACUCCGAGAGCCGAAGACGACUUCAGCUUAAUGUUGAAUCUCUCGAGUCCGAGUUGCAGACGACGAAGCGGAAAUUGAACGACGAGAUGGAGGAGUCUAAGAAGUCCACAUUACGACGAGAAUACGAGCAUGAGCAGAGCCAGAAGCGCAUUGACGAUUUGGUCACAAGUUUGAGCUCUGUGAAAGAAGAGUUGGUCGCAACCAAGACAACAAGAGACCACCUCCAGACCCGUGUUGAUGAGUUGACGGUCGAGCUGAGGAGCGCUGAGGAACGCGUUCAAGUUCUCCAGACCCGACCCAACGUUUCCGCCACCCCUGCUGAAGCGGCGGUUCCUGCUGAAGGGUCACAAGACAGUGGGUUGACUCGGGAGCAAGAACUGAGCAUUGAAGUCUCUGAAUUGAAACGCGACCUGGAAUUGACGAAGAGCGAGCUGGAACAUGCCAAGGAGCAGGUGGAGGAUUACAAGGCCAUUAGCCAGGCGACCGAAGAACGACUGCAGUCGGUUUCUGAGACGAACGACCAAUACCGUGAAGAAACCGAUAAACUUGUUGAAGAGAAGGAUACCAAGAUACAGGACCUGGAGAAGCGGAUCGAGGAGAUCUCUUCUGAGCUUUCUGCGACAAACAUUGAGCUCUCCAAGCUUCGUGAUGACCAGGGUGAAGCUACUCGACACUUGGAGGAGCAGAAGACCGCGCUCGAAGCCGACAUCACAAGGUUGACGGAAGACAACGAACGGCAAAUCGCAGCCGCUCAGUAUCACCAAGAAGACCUCAAAGCCCAGGCGGAGAUUGCGCAGCACGCACAACAAAACUACGAGAACGAAUUAGUCAAGCACGCUGAUGCUGCGAAGAAUCUCCAGCUGGUGCGCGCCGAAGCGAACCAGCUGAAGUUGGAGGCCGUCGAAUUGCGAACUCAGGCUGAAACUUACAAGAAGGAUCUUGCUCAGAAUGAAGAAAGCUGGAAUGAGCGCAAGGACAGAUAUGAAAGCGAGAUCCUUGAGCUGCAGAAACGCCGAGAAGAAGUACUUCAUCAGAACAACCUACUUCACUCCCAGAUCGAGAACAUCACCAAGCAAAUAUCGUCUCUGCAGCGCGACCGCGCUACUGCAGCUGAAAACGAGCAGGAGGAUGGCGAACCGGUGGCGCCGAACCUGGAAGGUCUGCAGGAAGUCAUCAACUACCUGCGUCGUGAGAAGGAGAUUGUUGAUGUUCAGUAUCACCUGUCUACGCAAGAGGGUAAACGACUUCGCCAGCAAUUUGAAUACGCCCAGUCUCAGCUUGAUGAGGCCCGCCUCAAGCUUGAGCAGCAACAUCGUGCUGCCGCUGAUAGUGAGCACACUGCUUUGAGCCACAACAAGCUCAUGGAGACACUGAACGAGCUCAACCUUUUCCGCGAGAGCAGCGUUACGCUACGCAACCAGGUUAAACAGACUGAAACGGCACUGACUGAAAAAUCUGCGCGGGUCGAUGAAUUGGUUCAACAGAUUGAACCCCUGGAGACUCGUAUCCGGGAACUGGAGAAUGUGGUUGAAACCAAGGAUGGAGAGAUGAAGCUUCUACAAGCUGAUAGGGAUCGGUGGCAGCAACGGACACAGAACAUUCUCCAGAAGUAUGACCGAGUAGACCCAGCCGAGAUGGAGGGUCUGAAAGAGAAGUUGGAGUCGUUGGAGAAGGAGAGAGACGAGGCUGUUUCCGCUCGCCAAACCCUCGAAGAACAGAUCGAAACAUUCCCUGAGCAGCUGAAGGCAGCCGAAGAGAGGACUACGGAGCUGCGAUCGAAACUAACGGAGCAGUUCAAGGGUCGGUCCAGGGACCUGAUGGGCCGGGUCCACGCCAAGCAAACUGAAGUGGAUGCGUUGGCUCAAGAGAAAGAAGUUCUUGAGGAGGAAUUGAAGACAACCAAGGAGGAAUUGAACACAUUGAAGACGAACGGCGUUGCGAAACCUGAUGCACCAGCGGAACAGGACGCAGCUGUCAACUCAACACCAGCAUCUCAAUUCCCUGCUCCCACCACGCAGGUAUCAGCUCCGACGGACGACGAGCGGGUCAAGGCUCUAGAGGAGAAGAUUCAACGCUUGGAGGCUGCUCUUGCCGAAAAGGAUGGUGUUCUCGCCACGAAGGAUGCUGAGCAUGAGACCAAGAUCAAGGAGCGUGUGGAAAGAUUGAAGGAAACUUUCAACGCCAAGAUGGCCGAAGUUAGAGCCAACCAUCGACAGGAGGUUGAACAACUAACCGCCGGCCAAGAUGGAGCUCAAGCAGAGGGCCAACAAGAAACCACAGCACCCGCGGCCCAACCUGCUCAACAGCCUCCCGCAACGCCAACAAAGACCGAAGAUGGCCUCCCUGAGUUGACGGAUAGCCAGACUAGGCAGCUUGUUGCCAAGAGUGAAACCAUCCGCAACAUUAUCAGGAUCAACAUUAAUAAGCAGCUUGCUAAUCAGAGAGAGAAGGAGAAGCAAGAAGCUCAGCCCUCUCAGGAUGCCGUCGCGGCUGCCGAGCAGAAAUUCAACGAGGAGCGGGAAGCGCUUAGGAAAGCACACGAGGAGGGUCUGGAGGAGAAGGUCAAGUCGGCCGUCGAAUUGUCGGAUAAGAAAUACCUGGCUAGGAUCAGCAUGCUUGAUUCCAGGUAUAGAAACACACAAGCCAAGGUUGAUGUGGUGUCGAAGGCAGCCACCGACACGCCUCAGAAACCUGUCGUCGAAGUUUGGGAAGUUGCUAAAGUUGCAAAGGCUCCGCCUGCGCAGCCGCAGACUCCCAAGCCUUCUGGAACUCCAGCUCAAGUUGCAUCACCUGCGCCCCAAGUUGCAUCGCCUGCGCCCCAAGUUGCGUCUCCUGCACCACAAGUGGCAGCACAACCUGCACCUGUACCUACUGCACCGCCAGUGAAUCAACAACAAGGUGCACCAGUACCAGCCGCGCCGGCACCACAGACUGCCCCUGCAAAGGCCCAACAACCGAGUGAGCAACCUGCACAAGCACCUCAGCAACCACCACAGCCACAACAAGCGAACGCCCAGGCUGCCCCCGCCGCAGUGGGUGCUCCCAACCCGUUUGCGCAGAUCCAAAACAAACAGCAGCCGCAAGGUUCGGCGCUGCCAAAUAAACCACCAGCUGGGGCAGCUGCAGCGAGCGGAGUCAUGCGGACGCUGCAGUCCGGCCUUCCAGUUGCACGAGGUGGACGAGGUGGUGGCCGUGGCGGUGCUCACCAGCAGAAUCCAUUCGGCCAGCAGCAACAAGCACAAGCUCAGGCACCCCAGCAGCAACAGCAGUCGCAGCGUGGUACUGGAGUUCCACGAGGCCGUGGCGGCCGUGGCGGGCAGCAGGGCAGAGGUGGACACCAGAAUGCCCAAGCUCAAAACCAAGCGCAACAAGCGCAGGGACAAGCGAGCCCCGGGCGGGGCGGACUGAACGUUGGCGCGCGGCAGUUUGUGCCACAGGGAAACAAGAGAGCCAGAGAAGACGGCACUGAUGGCGGGAACGAGGGAGGUAAUACCGGCGGAAAGAGGAUGCGAGGCGGCGGACAAGCCAGGGGAUCGUGA